CGGAACGCGGAUGUUUUCUGCAGCUUAUAUAGCAGAGCUGAGCGCACACAUCCUGGGCGGAAAACCUGAGAGAGCAGCAGUUUCACCUUCUACACAUCCAACAUCUGUCUUCUGUCCGCACCAGGCCUUUAGCACUUAUGGCGUACCACAAAGAGUUCGAGGCUGCAGGGAAGAAGCCCGGCCUGCAGGUGUGGCGGGUGGAGAAAUUGGAUUUAAAACCUGUCCCCUCUCAACUCCAUGGAAACUUCUUCACCGGAGACUCUUACAUAGUGCUUUACACCACCCCUGCUCCUUCUUACAACAUCCACUCGUGGAUUGGCAACGAAGCUUCCCAGGAUGAGAGGGGCGCUGCUGCCAUCUUUAUGACCCAGCUGGACGAUUUCCUGCGAGGAGCCCCAAGACAGUUCUCUGAGUAUCAAAACCAAGAGUCAGUCACCUUUCAGGGCUACUUCAGGUCCGGCAUCAAAUACAAGAAAGGGGGAAUAGCUUCAGGCUUCCAGCAUGUGGUGACCAACGACGUAAAUGUCAAGCGCCUGCUGCACGUUAAAGGUCGCCGGAUGAUCAGAGCCACAGAGGUGGACUUGUCCUGGACCAGCUUCAACAAAGGAGACUGCUUCAUCAUCGACUUGGGAAAGGACAUCUACCACUGGUCUGGCAGUGAAAGCAAUCGCUUUGAGCGCCUGAAAACCACUGAGCUGGCCAUAGAUAUCCGCGACAAUGAGCGAAAAGGCCGUGCUGAAGUACACAUGAUUGAAGAAGGCUCUGAGCCGGAAGAUGUUAUUAAAGUGCUUGGAGCAAUGCCCAACCUCCCACCAGGAAGCUCAGAUGAUGUAUCUGUUGAUAAGAAGAACAAGGGCCAGGCAUCUCUCCAUUUGAUUUCUGAUGCCGCUGGCUCCAUGAAGACAACUAUGGUGGCUGAUAAAACCCCGUUCAAACAAGACAUGCUCUCCAGCAGCGACUGCUACAUCUUGGACAACGGAGGAGACAAUAAGAUAUUUGUCUGGAAAGGAAAGGAUGCAAAUGCUGACGAGCGCAGAGCAGCUUUGACUGCUGCAAACAAGUUCAUUAAAGACAAGAACUACCCCAAAAAUACUCAGAUCCAGGUCAUGCCAGCAGGGGGUGAGACCACCCUGUUUAAGCAGUUCUUCUUCAACUGGCUGGACAAGGAUGAGACUACAGGCCCAAGCAAGGCCUACACCAUCGGUAGCAUCGCCCAGGUGGAGCAGAUUCCCUUCGAUUCCUCCACACUCCACAGCAACAAGAUCAUGGCUGCCCAGCAUGGCAUGGUGGACGAUGGCUCUGGGAAAGUCCAGAUUUGGCGUGUGGAAGGAGGUGACAAAGUACCUGUGGACCCAUCCACUUAUGGACAGUUCUUUGGAGGCGACUGUUACCUGGUGCUGUACUCCUACAACACAGGAGGCAGAGGGAAGCAUAUCAUCUACACCUGGCAGGGGCAGAAGUGCACUCAGGAUGAGCUGACGGCUUCGGCCUUUCUCACCGUCAAGCUGGACGACUCCAUGGGUGGAGUAGCUACACAGGUUCGUGUCACUCAGGGCCAAGAACCCGCUCAUCUUGUGAGCCUGUUCAAGGACAAACCUUUGGUCAUCCACCUGGGUGGGACAUGCCGCCAUGGCGGUGAGAGCAAGCCUGGCACUACACGGCUCUUCCAUAUCCGCCAGAGCUCCACCAAAGCCACACGGGCUGUUGAGGUGGAGCCCACUGCCUCCUCUCUGAACACUAAUGAUAUUUUCGUGCUGAAGUCACCCAAGUCCCUGAUCCUGUGGAUGGGGAAGGGAGCAAAUCCAGGGGAGAUGGCAGCAGCUAAGCAUGUUGCCCGCCUGCUUGGAGGAACUGCCACUGAGGUGGAGGAGACCAAGGAGCCGGCUGAUUUCUGGGCUGCGCUUGGUGGGAAGAAGGACUACCAGACCUCCAGGACCCUGCAGAAAACAGUUAAGCCUCCUCGACUGUUUGGCUGCUCUAACAAGACUGGCAGGCUGAUAGCAGAGGAGGUGCCAGGUGAUUUCACACAGAUGGAUCUGGCAAUCGAUGAUGUCAUGGUUUUGGACACCUGGGAUCAGAUCUUCGUUUGGGUCGGUGCGGAGGCCAAUGAGACUGAGAAAAGUGGAUCUCUCAAGAUCGCCCAAGACUAUGUGAAUUCUGACCCCUCUGGUCGUCGUGGUACCCCCAUCACCACCAUUAAGCAGGGGGAGGAGCCAUUCUCCUUCACCGGCUGGUUCCACGCCUGGGACCCCAAGAUGUGGGACAAAGAUGUUCUGCAGCGCAUACAGGACCGUAUCAAGAAGCAUUAGUAGAAAACCACAAAGCAGUAGCUUCGGCACAACAUCAGAAAAGAUUGAAUCCUCAUGGUGGGUUUGGAAUUUCAAAGUUCUGUGUGGGUGGACGGCAGCUUGGAGAUACACGGAGCUUUAGAAGAUUUGUCAUCCCAUUUUGCAAAACAGGUGUAAUUAGCAUCUCAAAGGCUGUAUUUGAAAUUACACGGCAAAGUCUGAAAUAACAUUCACACUGUCAUAUAAGAACACAGACAGGAUCUUAUUAUUGCACCCUCACAGAAUUUUAAAUAUAUUAAAUUGAACCUUUGCUGGAAAAGUUUCUGGGAUUUUUCUUUGCAGCUUGUUUUCAUUCUUUCAUGUGCAUUAAAACGAUAAAUGGUAAACUGUUUACGAUCCAGUUGAAAAAAACCCUGAUGCAUUAUGUUUCAUAUGAGGUGCUGGAAUUUUAAACAACACAAAUUUCUUUGUGACGAAAAUAAUGUAUAUUUUUACUUAAAUUGUACCUUUCACAGCCUCGAUUGCAAAGAUGAAUUUAGAUAAAGAAAUGCUGAAUUUUAAAUAAAGCAUCACCUUUUUUGAAA